GUUCCGCCGCGCGGCCUGCGCUUUGCAGCCAACUCGGUGUUUGGGGGGAAAAUAAAUAAACCCGGGGGGAUUUGAGUGGGGAAGAGGGGGCAUUGUGUGAACAGGAGAGUCCGGGGAGCCAGGCCUGCGAUUAAAGAGGCCUCUCGGGCAGCGCUGGCCCUGGGGAUCGUAGCGGCAGGAUGCCCGGCUUCACCUGCUGCGUGCCCGGCUGCUACAACAACUCGCACCGGGACCGGGAGCUCCGCUUCUACACUUUCCCCAAGGAUGAGGAGCAGCGCCGACUCUGGCUUCAGAACAUCUCCCGCACCGGAGUGUCGGGCUGCUUCAGCACCUUCUACCCUACCACCGGACACCGGGUGUGCAGCGCCCACUUCCCCGGGGGCAGGAAGACCUACUCAGUCAAGGUCCCGACCAUCUUCCCGCUCCGAGGGGUCAACGAGAGGAAGAUCAGGCGCUCCCGCAAGAAGCUGCCGGCAGCCGCCGCCGGCCAGGAGGACGUCAAGCCCAUCGACCUGUCCGGACCUUACUUCUUCUCGUCCUCGUCCUCCUCGUCCUCGCCUUCCCUCCCGGCCGCCGCCGCCGCUGUCCCUCGCCCCGAGGCUCCCGAGUGCCUAGAUCACUCCUACUCACUCUCCUCCACCACCACCUCCGAGGAGCUGCUCAGGAAACUCAACGAGCAGAAGGACAUUAUCGCCCUGAUGGAGGUGAAGAUCAAGGAGAUGAAAGGCACCAUCCGGCAACUGAAGGUCAGCGAGGCCAUCCUGCGGGAGGAGCUGAGGAAUAAGGAGAAAUUACUGUCCAUGUCGGUCAUCAGGAAGAAACAUGGAAUGUGACUGCCUGUUUUAUAAAUAAUAUAUAUAUUAUAUAUAUUACACAAACAUUUCGCAGCUACCGAACCCGAGGAAGAAUAGAAUUUAACAAAAAAAGACAAAUACGAGGAUCAUGUGCCGUCAUGGCACAGGAUGUUAGGACUUUUCGUGUGAUAUUUCAGAUGUGAUAAAAUAGUGUGAGACCACUUGCUUAAUCUGUGUGUGUGUGUGUGCGCGCAUCCCAAACGAUAUGCACCCCUAGUUACCGGGUGUUUCAUACGACAGGUCAAAUCCGAGGGACAUUCUGCAUGGAUGCAGUACUAAAAUUAACUUUAGGAAGUAGUGAAGCAACAAGGCACCACAAAAGGUCCAAAUUCCACUCGAGCAACAGUGCAUUCACAAUCCAAUGUAUUCUGUGUUACGAAUCAAUGUUUUUGUUCCAUUAUAAUGAUGCUAUAAAUUUAGUAGUUCCCUAUUAUUUUGUAUAUUGCCCUCUACAUUAAGUUACUGUACAACAAUAACCAUAAAAAGUAUAAUAAAUCCUCUCAUGGUUACACUUUGUAAAUUGAUUUAAAAGAUUUUUACUUUUUUAGUGUUUUUAAUACAAUUGUGAGACUUUAAACACAAACAAACAAAGAGAUAGAACAAUACUUAAAUACUCUCAAACAGUUAUAUUGGUUAGGCUGGUGUUGGCAUUCUCUUCCUCAACCUCUCCAACUGACCUUCCUCAUCUAAAUCCCUCCUUUAAACAUAGGUCUAAAAAACCUUUCAGUCACCCCUUCUAAUACUUCCUUCUUUUGCUCUGUAUCCAUUUUUUACGUCACCUCUAUAAAGCACUAUAACUAUAAAGUGAAAACUUUUCAGUCAUUUACUGUUUGAAAAACACAAUUCUAAAUGAAAUUUCACAGAAAUACAUUCCAAAAGUUAAACAGAAUGCUGAAUAAGUAAUUUAUCAUGUAAUCACUACAGAAAGUUCUUCACAAUAAUGUACUAAGUUUAUUCAAACAGGUCAAAUAAUGCCAACGUUGCUUUCAUCUCUCAUACUGAAAUAAACAACAAUUUCAUAAACCUACAAAUAAUUAAAAUGGUUAUCAGUUGUUGGCUAGAUCUUAAAUGAUUCCCAAAUAUUACAACAGUACACUACUUAAUCUGCAUAGUGAACACCUUGCACCUUGAAGAAUUACUGUAAAAUUGCAAAUAAUUAUUUCAAUAACCUGACGCUAUAAAUAGCAUUAACAGAUAUCUGCUGAUGAACACAAAUCAUUACCCUUAAUGAGAAUUUGGAUAACAAGAUUGAAACAAAGUUCAAAUAAUUUUAUCUUCCUGCCCCGGUAACUACAUCAGACACAAAAUAUUGCUGGAGAGAAGGAUUUUUUAAGUUAUAAUUUUCAAAGUUGCAGUGGUUUUCAGUAGAAAUAUUUACAUCUUUGAAUGCAAAUUUUGGAAAGCACUGAAACAUUCAGAUGAAGGGUCUAGGCCCGAAACGUCAGCUUUUGUGCUCCUGAGAUGCUGCUUGGCCUGCUGUGUUCAUCCAGCCUCACAUUUUAUUAUCUUGGAAUUCUCCAGCAUCUGCAGUUCCCAUUAUCUCUGAAACAUUCAGAAAGUCAGUUCCAGAGAGGUUCUAUUCAUCAAUGGCUAAUUUUAUUGUUCUCUUUCAUCCUGUUGGCCAACUCAUUUGGACUCAUGGACUAGCUCAUUUGUGAUAGUGUUAUUAUUAUUCAGAAAAAAUGGCAUCUAUCUGACAUAUCAGAAUCUGCUUUUUCUCUUUUCAAAUGCAAUCUUGAGCUACUGUGUAUUCUGAGCAUCUUCUGUUUUUAUUUUAAUGACUUAAAAUACUGACUCCAGUGGCGGUAAUUGUUAAGUGAGGAGUCUCACUUUGAAGGAUUAAUGAUUGUGACAUCAUUACUGCAGCAUUAGUCUGAAAUAAUCUGUAGCUGAUUACCUGGAUGUUUCAUGGUGUGCCAAAUGCCAUGAGUAUAACCAUCACAAUCAACUUUAUUAACUUUUGACCUAUAUUGUUCUGCCUCUUAAUUCUCAAUGUAUUCAUCAUUGGUUGUAAAAUGCUUUGGGAUGUCCAGAGCACUUUAAGGUGCUAUGUAAAUAAAAGUCAUUUUUCUACCA